UCUCAACUUCAAUUAAUCAAUCACCAAAAUCCCGACACUAUUUUUUUUUUUUCUCUCUCUCUCUCAAAUCCCAAAUUUGCAAAAUCUGAAUUACUCACACAGUAAAGAGAGAGAAACAUCACACUCGUUGAUAACAGUUCAGAUCUACGAGGAACCUUUUGCAGUCUCCGAAGAACAAAAUAAGAAAGCGAUUUUAGAGUGACAAGGCUUUCUUGAAGCGCCCUCAAAAUGGCGCGGAUACCCUUUAUUUUACUGUCCCUCAUCCUUGUUUUAGCUCUGUCAAUUCCCAACCUUGCGCACUGCAAGACCCUCAAGCGUGACGUUAAGGCUUUGAAUGAGAUCAAGGCUUCUCUUGGUUGGAGGGUGGUGUAUGCUUGGGUUGGAGAUGAUCCUUGUGGAGAUGGGGAUCUUCCUCCGUGGUCUGGUGUUACUUGUUCCACUGUUGGUGAUUAUCGCGUUGUCACCGAGCUUGAGGUGUAUGCGGUGUCGAUUGUUGGACCUUUUCCUACUGCAGUAACCAGCUUGUUGGAUCUUACACGGCUGGAUCUCCAUAAUAACAAGUUGACUGGGCCUAUUCCACCUCAAAUUGGACGGUUGAAGCGUCUUAAAAUACUAAAUUUGAGGUGGAACAAACUACAGGAUGCAAUUCCUCCAGAAAUUGGGGAGCUUAAAAGUUUGACACAUCUGUACCUUAGCUUCAAUAGUUUCAAAGGAGAAAUCCCCAAGGAGCUAGCGAAUCUUCCAGACCUUCGCUACCUUUAUCUUCAUGAAAAUCGUUUAAUUGGUAGAAUACCUCCAGAAUUAGGAACUCUACCAAACCUUCGGCACUUGGAUGUUGGUAAUAAUCAUUUGGUGGGUACCAUAAGGGAACUCAUUCGAUUUGAAGGUUGCUUUCCAGCUCUACGCAAUCUAUAUCUUAACAAUAAUUAUUUUACUGGAGGAAUACCUGCUCAACUUGCUAACUUAUCUAGUCUUGAAAUCUUGUACCUGUCCUACAACAAAAUGUCAGGAGCUAUACCAUCUAGCCUUGCUCAUAUUCCUAAAUUGACAUACUUGUACUUGGAUCACAACCAGUUUUCAGGGAGAAUUCCUGAACCCUUUUAUAAGCAUCCAUUUUUGAAAGAAAUGUACAUUGAGGGAAAUGCAUUCCGGCCUGGUGUCAACCCCAUUGGUUUGCAUAAAGUGCUUGAAGUUUCUGAUGCUGACUUCCUUGUUUAAUGAAAAUCAAGAUAUUUUUUUUUUCCAAGGAAAUUUACGUGUAUAAUUAUUGAAACAAUAGUUCCUCUUAUCAUCUCAAUGAAAUAGCCAAAUAGAUAAUUCAAUUUUUGUCUAUUUUGUGUGGUCAUCAUCAAUAAACAAUAGUUUUACGUUCACGAUUUAUGAGCUUUUCACGACUCUAAGACUAAGAGUUGAUUGUACUAUAGAUAGUUUUGGAC